AUCCUUGGUUUGAAAUUCCGUCUCUUUCUAUUGUGAUUUCAAAGUUUUCAUUUAAAAGAAGCGAGAGCUUCAAAAGUUCUUCAAAAUUAUUUUCAAACCUCACUUCAUACGUAUUCACAUACUUGGUUCUCCCUCUACUUCACAACCGCGAUCCAUUUCUUUCCUUGAUCUAGAGUUGUAAAAAUGGCAAUAAAAUCGAAAGGAAUCACAAAAGGCAAUUUGCCAGAGGAAUUAAAGAAAUUGCUUAGGGCGGUAGCAUCGGAAUGGGGAGACAAAAUCGAGGAGAUGGAAGAAGGUUUGGAAGUGAGUCGAUUAACAGGAGCGAUGACGAACGAAGUGUACGAAAUGAAAUGGAUGAGUUCAAGAAGUGGUGAUGAACCACGGAAGGUUGUGGUGAGAGUGUACGGAGAAGGAACUGAGAUUUUCUUCAAUAGAGAUGAUGAGAUCAGAACGUUUGAAUGCGUGUCGAAACAUGGCCGUGGACCUCGUCUUCUUGGGCGAUUCUCUCAUGGAAGAAUUGAAGAGUUCAUCAAUGCCAAGACACUAUCAGCAAGAGAUCUUCGAGAUCCAAAAAUAUCAGCACGAAUAGCAAGUAAAUUAAGGGAGUUUCACAAUCUUGACAUGCCUACUCCAAUAACGGUUGUCCUUUGGGAUAGAAUGAGAAAUUGGCUAAAGGAAGCCAAAAGACUAAGUUCACCACAUGAAAUGGAAGAGUUCUGCUUGGAGAAAUUGGAUGAGGAAAUAGAUUUGCUUCAAAGGGAACUCUCAAAAGAUUCUCAACCCAUUGGCUUUUGUCACAAUGACUUGCAAUAUGGCAACAUCAUGAUGGAUGAAGACACAUCAUCACUAACCCUUAUUGAUUAUGAGUAUGCAAGUUACAACCCAAUAGCUUAUGACAUAGCAAAUCAUUUUUGUGAAAUGGCAGCAGAUUACCACUCUAAGACUCCCCAUAUUUUGGACUAUACAUCAUACCCAGAUGUUGAGGAACGUAAAAGAUUUGUUAGUGCAUAUCUGGGCACAUCAGUGAAAACAGGUGAAAAUGAUCACAAGGAAGAAGAAGUGGAGAAGCUACUAGAGGAUGCUGAGAGAUACACUUUAGCAAAUCAUCUCUUUUGGGGAUUGUGGGCUAUCAUUUCAAGCCACGUAAACAAGAUUGAUUUUGACUACUUUGAGUAUGCUAAGCAGAGGUUUGAUCAAUUCUGGCUAAGAAAGUCUGAGCUCUUAGUUUCUUGAUCAUUUUUUAUCUCAAGUUGAAUUGAUAUGAACAAAAGCGCAUCUCGACUAUACAUAUGAAUUUAAAGAAAGAUGUCGAGAUUACUGAACCCUCCCUACCUGUUGUUUAAAUUUAUAAUAAGAAAAAGUUAGUUUUAAUGAAAACAAGAGCAAGGAAUUACAGAAGAAUCAAGCUUGAUCUAAGGAACAAAGACUUCACAAGCUACUUCAAGUGAGGCUUCAUUUACUCUUUGCACGAAUACAAAUUCAUGGUUGAAGGAUUAAAACUAAAUAUUUUCGGAUGUAUGGUGUCUAUUUAAUGUAUUUUUAAGUUUAUUUGCUUUGUAGGUUACAACAGCCUAUUACAAUCAUAAAGUUGAAAAAUGAACUCUUACAAUGCCUAAGGUUUCAUUUUGAGGCCAUAUAAAGGGAUGUAAUUGUUACGUAAAUAAUAUGAUAAAUAAAUUAGAAAUUAUACAAUCUAGAUUUUAGAAA